AUGUUGUCUACGACAUCUGCCAUGGUGUUUAUGGAUACCUGGUUGACGCGACUAGAUCAAUUGUUACCGUUCAUUAGUUGCUCCAAUAAGCAAUUUUUGCAACAUGGUUAUACUCAGGUUAACACGCCAUGGCUUGUACAAAAAACUUCAUGGCUAGUGGUUAAUGGAACUUUGUUAAUGGAUCAUUGUCCAUGGAACCUUGGUGUUUGCUUAUAUGUAUCAUAUAUACUAAUUUAUCAUAGAUAUAGAAAUUUUUGUAAAUACAAACAACUAUCGCUCUUUGACUAA